GGGCUGUUCGAGCUUCGCUGUGCUGCUCACAGUGAGAGUUCUGCGUUGUCACUUCGCUAACAUUGCGCUGAACACGAUCGGAGAAAUGGCCACUUUCCAAUUGAAAGCGGAAAAAUGUCCGGUCGAAAGCUUGUCGAUGACGAAUUGCGUCAUCCUGAACCCGAGGGAUUGUCCCGACGAAAAGUGCAGGCAUGUGCUGAUCAACUCCAGCGGGAGGGGCUAUGUCUUCACAAUACAGACCUCGGAUCAAAUGAAACCAGGGUGCAUGGGUUUUUCUCUGAUAAUGCGGAAAUGGGCCGAGAUGAGCAUUGGUCAGAUGAUAGAUGUACGCCCCUACGCAUUUGAUCCGAACAGCCAGUACAUAGCGAAGAUUACUGUGGACAUCGACUUUUUUGAUAAGAAACAUUUCACCCAGGAACCCUUCGAUACGGACAAGAUGGCCAUUGCCUUCGUCCAGGCCUUCCCCAAACAGGCCUUCACAGUCGGGCAGCUGAUGGUAUUCCAGUUCAACAAAACACUCUUCAAACUGUCGAUCACGGAGCUCGAAACCGUCAGCCUGGACAGUUUGAAGGACGGCGAGAAGCGGAAACCGGCCAAGAAGACGGAAAUCGGACUUCUGCUUCCUGACGCCGCGGUCUGCUUCAACAAAGCAGAGGGAGCCAAUAUCAUGCUGACCGGCCAAUCGAAAGGCAAGAUCGUGCGACAGUCAAUCAUCAAUCCUGACUGGAACUUCAGUCAGAUGGGAAUCGGUGGUCUGGACAACCAGUUCAACGCCAUCUUCAGGCGAGCGUUCGCCUCUCGAGUUUAUCCGCCCGAGCUCAUUGAGCAACUUGGCAUGAAACACGUGCGAGGUAUCCUUCUCUACGGACCGCCUGGUACAGGAAAGACUCUGAUGGCCCGUCAAAUCGGUCAGAUGCUGAACGGACGUGAGCCGAAAAUCGUCAACGGACCGCAAAUUCUCAACAAAUAUGUCGGCGAGUCCGAGGCGAACGUCAGGAAACUAUUUGAGGAUGCCGAAGAGGAGCAAAAAAGGCUGGGCCUCAACUCCGGACUCCAUAUCAUAAUCUUCGACGAGAUCGACGCCAUCUGCAAACAGAGAGGAACGAUGAGCGGAGCCAGCGGAGUCCACGACACAGUGGUCAAUCAGCUGCUGUCGAAAAUCGACGGUGUCGACAGUCUCAACAACGUGCUGGUCAUUGGAAUGACGAACAGACGGGACAUGAUUGACGAAGCUCUGCUGCGUCCCGGUCGACUCGAGGUCCAGAUGGAAAUCGGCCUUCCCGACGAGUUCGGCAGAGUCCAGAUCCUGAACAUCCACACCGGGAAGAUCAAGAAGUCGGGUAAACUCGACCCAGACGUCAAAAUCGAAGAACUGGCAGCCAUCACUAAGAACUUCUCGGGCGCCGAGCUCGAAGGUCUCGUUCGCGCAGCCCAAUCCCUCGCGAUGAAUCGACUCAUCAAGGCCGGGAGCAAAGUCGUGUUAGAUCCUGAAGCCGCCGAUAAACUGAAAGUGAUGCGCGCAGAUUUCCUGUCGGCUCUCGAGAACGACGUCAAACCGGCAUUCGGUACCGCUGCCGAGGAAAUCGAGUCUCUAGUCGGACCGAAAGUCAUCAACUGGAGUCAAACUGUCAAGGAGAUCAUCGACGACGGAGCCCUCUUCAUCGAGCAAUGCAAAUCGAACAAGGGCCGAGGCCUGGUCACCGUGCUCCUGGAAGGGCCUCCCAACGCCGGGAAGACGGCCCUCGCGGCGAAGAUCGCCCUCAAUUCCGGCUUCCCCUUCGUGAAACUAUGCUCAGCCGCUCAGAUGAUCGGCUAUUCGGAAUCAGCGAAAUGUCAAUGCAUAAAGAAGAUAUUCGACGACGCUUACAAAUCAACCGAAAGCUGUAUCCUCGUCGACAACAUCGAACGUUUGCUGGACUUCGUCGCCGUCGGUCCCCGGUUCUCGAACAUGGUCUUGCAAACUCUCCUCAUCCUGCUGGGACAAGACCCGCCGAAAAACCGUCAUCUCCUCGUGUUAUGCACCUCAUCGUGCAAAGCAUUCCUCAACGAAAUCGGAAUGCUCACCGUUUUCACAGCAGUGCUGCGCGUGCCUGCAAUCAGUCGUCCAGAGCAAUUCAUGAGCGUUCUGCAACACAGCGAAUGCUUCUCCCGAGAAGACCUCCAAAGAAUUUCCAAAGGAAUCGCCGGAAUGCGGAUUUACAUCGGAAUCAAGAAACUCUUGGCGUGCACACAUCUUGCCGAGCAAAUCGCUCCCGAAGAAAGAGUGAACAAGUUCCUCACUCGUCUCGAAAACGAGGAGUGUAUAAGUCACCAGUGAGCCCGUGGAGUCCCUCCCACUUUUUUGUCAUUCCAAAAGCAGUAGACAGAUUCAGUGAAGAUGGAGUGUGUUAUUCGUUGACGUUUCCGAAUGGUGAUCCUCCCAGUACGAGGUUCUUCGGUCCGGAUAGGUUUCGAUGGUUUUGUUUAUAUGGAUGUUCUGUUGUAAAUAGAGCAUAUGAUAGUGAUAUCUUACGUAGUCCGUGGAGUCUCUAGGCUCUAAAUUCUGUUGGUCGUCAGCGUACUUAGCACAACGCCGUUAGAAAAACGGUGCGAGACGAAUUCGUCGAAGUUCGUUUUUCUUUCCGUUUACUGUUUUAACAUUCUUUAAUCGCAAGCAACGAAUAUGGAGCAGUUCCGACCAACACGGAAGCCUCAAGGCUGUUCAGGAUAGGAAGCCAAGGAGCUUGGCGCGAUCUGACUUGGAUUCGACUUGAGAAUCAGUCGGGUAUGCGUAGAAUCGCGUUCGCCAGUCAGAUUUGAGCAACCUCGACAUGGAAUUCUAAAACACCACGAACUGUUAUGGUAUUCUUGACCCACCGAAAAGGGAAGCGGCUUAAAUAGUCACCAAGUCCGACCGGAUCUUGUGAAUCACAGUAGUCUCCUUAGUAGUUUGCCGUUCACGACACCACGUAGCGUGCAGUAAGGACUCAAGAGAAGAGCUUGAAUAAACCAAGAGAACAAUCAGAGAUACAA